UUUAUAGCUACAGCGUGUCGGUUGUUUUUGAUUUAGUAAAACAAAACUGAGAAAGAAUUAAUUUGUUCCGAUUCAAAUUAAACUGAAAUUAUGUAUAUAAUUGUGAAACCUAAGUGUAUUGGUUUAAAAGUGUUCACGUCAACGAAUGCGUGAGUAUACUAUGGCCGAGACAGAGUUUGCAGACUCGCAAAUACUUGUAGAAAAUGUAGGCUUCUUGGACAAUUGUUUUGAUUUCUCGUUCCAAAUUCAGAACACUUUGGAAGUGGUCAAAGAGUAUGUUUCAGAGGAGGAAAAGAAGCCAACGCAUAUACGUGAUAAUUUUAACAAGAAGGUAAACAGUACCGUGCGCAAUUCUUCGGGUAUUAUCGAUACUAGUAUAUACAAUGAAACUAAAAUAACACAAUGUUCGCAAAAGCAGCUAAUGAACAGAAAUCUGAAGGAUUGGGGUUUACCGUCAGAAAUUGCUAAGAAAUAUGAGCAAAAAGGUAUCACUGAGAUGUUUGAAUGGCAGGUAACAUGUUUAGGUAACGCUAAAGUUCUCUUGGAUUGUUGUAACCUCGUGUAUUCAGCGCCGACGUCGGCGGGGAAGACACUUGUGGCAGAGAUACUGACCAUCAAAACUGUUUUGGAGAGACAAAAGAAGGUAAUCAUUAUUCUACCAUUUGUAUCCAUAGUGAGAGAAAAAAUGUUUUAUCUACAAGACAUAUUAUCCAGCUCUGGGAUAAGGGUGGAAGGCUUUAUGGGAUCGCAGUCGCCUCCAGGCGGGCUCCAAGCAGUCCAUGUUGCUAUUUGUACAAUAGAGAAAGCAAAUAGUUUGAUCAACAGGUUGCUAGACGACGGCAACAUUUCAGACCUGGGUGCUGUCAUUGUUGAUGAACUGCAUUUGUUAGGGGAUCCUCACAGAGGCUAUAUAUUGGAGCUUCUCCUGACCAAAGUCAAAUAUGUUACAUUCAAGAUGGAAGGUGUGCAAAUUCAAAUAGUUGGAAUGUCGGCUACAUUGCCCAACUUAGAAGUGCUGGCGACCUGGCUCGAUGCAGAAUUGUUUGUCACUCAAUUCAGACCAAUUCCAUUAGACGAAUUUUGUCUAGUCAAUAAUAAGUAUUAUGAUAAACAGGGGAAUUUUGUAAGCACUAUAAAAGAUUCUACCUCAAUUGCUGAAUCAGACAAUGUCUUGAAAAUUUGCCUAGAAACAAUUAAAGAAGGAUGUUCUAUCCUAAUUUUUUGCAUGACUAAGAACAGGUGUGAGAAUUUGGCUCAAAAUAUUGCAUCAUCCUUCUUCAAACUUGGGUGCUCAGGAAAUGAAAUUGGUGUUGUAUUGAGACAACAGUUGAAGACUGAAAAUAUUGCUGAAGUGUUAGAACAGCUGAAAAAUUGCCCUGUAGGACUAGAUCAAGUACUUAAGAAAACAAUAUCAUUUGGUGUUGCAUAUCACCAUGCGGGACUAACUUUUGAUGAGAGAGACAUAAUAGAAGGAGCAUUCAAGUCGGGGGCGAUACGGGUCUUGGUGGCUACUUCUACUUUAAGUUCAGGAGUCAAUUUACCUGCUAGGAAAGUUAUUAUAAGAACACCAGUAUUCCAAAGACAGCCACUUAAUAUAUUGACAUAUAAACAAAUGAUUGGGAGAGCUGGCAGAAUGGGUAGAGACACUAAAGGAGAGAGUAUAUUGGUAUGCACUGAGAAUGAGAAGAAAAUUGGUUUUGAAUUGAUGAUGGGAGCUUUAGACCCUGUGGAGAGUUGUAUUGAAAGUGAAGACAAAUACAUGAGAGCCAUAUUAGAAAUGAUAGCGAGUCAAGUUGCUUGUACAAAAGCUGAACUAGAUUUAUAUUCACAGUGUACUUUGCUCUAUACUCAACAGAAAAUAACACCCUCACAAAACAUACUGUUACAAAACACUUUGGAGGAAUUAAAGAAGUUUGAACUUGUAAGACUUCAAAAUGAAGAAGAUGACAUUCAGUAUGUAGCUACACCAUUGGGGAAAGCUUGUUUAUCAUCAUCAAUGGCUCCGAAUGAUGGUCUAUCUUUAUUCUGUGAGCUGCAGAAGGCCCGGCAAUGCCUUGUUUUGGAGACUGACUUGCACCUGAUUUACUUGGUGACUCCGUACAGUGUCAGCAGCCAAUGGGCAGAUAUAGAUUGGUUGCAUUUACUUACACUGUGGGAAUCUUUAACUAAAGCCAUGAAGAGAGUUGGAGAGCUGGUGGGAGUGCAGGAAAGCUUUAUAAUUAGAUGCUUGAGAGGAGCAAAUAAAUUCAACAAUGCUUACAAUAAAUUAAAUAUUCAUAAAAGGUUUUACACGGCCUUGGCAUUGCAAGACUUAGUGAACGAGGUGCCGUUGUCCGAAGUCGCCAGCAAGUUUCAAUGCGCGCGGGGAUUCUUGCAGAGCCUACAGCAAUCGGCCGCUACGUUUGCAGGAAUGGUAACGGCGUUUAGUCAUCAACUUGGGUGGAAAAACAUGGAAAUGCUCAUUUCACAAUUCCAAGAUCGCUUACAUUUUGGUAUACACUCAGAGUUAUUGGAGCUAAUGAAGUUACCUUCUUUAAACGGCAUGCGAGCUAGGAGUCUUUUCAAUGCUGGCUUUGAAACCAUAUCCAGCGUCGCAACAGCAGAGCCUAAUGUUAUAGAAAAUGCACUUUAUAAAGCUCUGCCGUUUCAAAGUGAGAAGGAGAGGGAAGGCGAUGACAGCGAUGAUACAAGAAAACGCAAUAAAAUGAAGAAUAUUUGGAUAACUGGCUGUUGUGGUAUGACGACAAUGGAAGCAGCUGAAAACCUUAUUUCAGAAGCUAGGAGAUUUUUAGAACAUGACAUAGGGGGAGAAAUUAAAUGGGAAAAUAAAAAUGCCAACACAAAUACGGAUCAUAAUAAAAGUUCAACAAAGGAUCUAAUAGUAAGCAGAGAACUUGAAACAAAUAAAUCGAUUGCUUCAGAGACUAGCUUGCACAUGAAUGUUGAUAAAAAUGAGACCACUGUCGGAAAUGAAAAUGCAUAUGAAAUGAAUAAAUCCAAAACAGAUACUAUGACUAAGAAAACAGAAGACGAUUUUGAUAGUGAUUGUUUAUUUGACAGUCCAGCGAGUGGAAAUUUAUAUUUGUCAGCUAAAAGUAGUAAAUCGUAUAUCACGGGAUAUAAAAACAAUCUCCCUAGUAUUAAUAAAUCGAAGAAUAAUAUGAAUUCUACAAUUAAUACGCAAAAUAAAUUGAAUAACAAUGUAAAUAUUGCGAAAAAUGAAAAUGCUAUAGUCAAUUCUAGUCCAAUAAUUAAUGAUCUAGUCAAUAGUUAUAAAAUAAAUCAAGAUGAUGAUAUUAUUUGGGAUACAAUGAAUUUUACUGAUAUCCCAAUUGAAAAUAUUACAAAAUCACGUACGUCUAAGAAAAUGUUUUCUCCAGACAUAAGUUUUGGAGAGGCUGAAGAUAAAAUAGGGAAAGUCAAUGCCGAAUUAUCAUCAAGUAAAGCAACCUCUAAAAAUAAUAGCAUGUUUUCUGACGGAGAUAAUUCAAAUCUCUUUGAAGAGAGUUUACCACUUGAUACAAUACCAACAAAAUUAAUUGAAGACGGCGAUGUAGUGGAUCAGACACCCAAAACAGACUUCCAAGCUAAAACUUUAAAUUAUGUUCAAAUAAAUACAGAAUCAAUGUUAAAUGCGUUUAAGUCUACUAUAAUAGACGUUGAAGAUGACGAAAAUAUAAAGUUAAUUUACGAGGAAGAUAAAAUGUGUUACGAUUUGAACGACGACGUAAUUGGAAAUACGCAGAAUAUUAAAGAAACGUGUAUUAAUACUUAUUUCAUCAGCCCUUUGAAACGCAGCGCCGAUAACGUUAACAAGAAGAACUGUAGUCGUCAGCCUGCCAAGAAAUUAAAAAUCGGCCAUCAAUUAGAAGAGACAAUAGAACAAAAGCAGAAUCAGUCCUGCAUUUGUCUUAAUAAGUUUAGCAUACAAAUCACAGGCACUAGUUUAAAGUGCGCUGUCUUGAAAGGGAAAGACAUUAACUUGAACCUUGAUAUCAUUGAAAAAGUAGCAAAUGCAGCUAUAUUUUUCGACAUUAAUAACAGAAUAUUACCAUCAAAUGAACCAAUAGGAAGCAACAUAGUAAGAAAUCAGCCUAAACUAACAAUCAAACACACAGAAGACAAACAAGCAGAAAUACCAAUAAUAAAAAGUAUCGCCAUAUGUACGGAUGAAGACAAUUGUAUAUUUUUAGAUGUAAACUCAUUGAAUGGCGAUUAUUUGUUUUUGAGGAAUAAAUUACGUAGUUGGUUUAUUAAAACCGAGUUAAAUUUGAAGACGUUAUGUUUGAAAACCACUUAUAAAUAUGUAAAGCAGUUUUUCGACGCGGAUAUCACAGGGUCGAGUGCGGAUGUUUCUUUAGCCGAAUGGUUGAUGGACAGUGAUGAAAAGAUCCCAAGCAUCGUGUUUUUGAUGAAAAAAUACUGUGAACUUGAUUUGUCGACGGCAUCCUUUAGGAUUGGCAACCGAGUAAAGAAAUUCAAAAAUUUGGACGCCGCCGAAGAGCUGUGUGUCAAAGCGUGGUGUGUGCGGAAGAUCGCCAACAUUCAAAGUUCACAUUUGCUAAAAUUGUAUCAGAAUAUACAAAAUAUUAUAAACAUCGAAAUUCAAAUCGCUAAGAUCCUGGCGAGCUGCGAGCAUUACGGGGUGACUGUUGAUAAAGAGCUCGCCUCACGGCUUUUGAUCGAUGUAAAAAAUUCGCAAGACACCCUGCAGAAGAAGGCUUAUAAAUUAUGCGGAUAUCAUUUCAACUUCAAUUCGUCGAAGGAUGUCGCAAAGGUUCUAGGUAUAUACAGAGGACGUAAAGUCAGUACGAAAAAGAGCGUGUUAUGUUCGCAUAACAGUCCUGUUUCUAGUACCGUCAUCUAUUGGAGAAAGCUGAAUAGUAUCUUAACUAAGACCUUGUACCCUCUGACGGAGCGAGCUUGCAUAUACAGCGACGGGAACAGGAUAACUCCGUCAUACACUAUGCAUACUUGCUCGGGGCGAAUCAGCAUGCACGAACCAAACCUCCAAAGUGUGCCGAGGACCUUCACGAUCCCGAUGUCAUUCCUCUCCGAUGAAGCAACCGAAGAGGUAGUGGAGUUCAACUGCCGCAACAUAUUCCGCGCCUCGCCGGGCCACGUGCUGGUGUCAGCGGACUACUGCCAGCUCGAGCUCAGGAUACUGACACACUACUGCCAGGAUGAGGUGCUCAUAAGCAUCAUGAGAUCCGGCGUGGACGUGUUCAAGGCCGUCGCGGCCAGCUGGGGACAAGUGACGGAGGAACAAGUGGACGACGACCUACGUCAAAAAGCCAAGCAGCUGUGCUACGGCAUCAUCUACGGCAUGGGAAACAAAACACUGUCGCAAACGCUGGACGUAGGCGAGAUGGAAGCGGCCGUGUUCAUGGACUCCUUCCACAAAACUUAUCCUGCUAUAAAGAUGUAUACACAGAGAGUUAUGGAAGAUUGCAGGAGGAAUGGAUACAUAGAGACGCUCAUGAGGCGGAGGAGAUACUUGCCCGAUAUAAACAGCGGCGUGGCUUCUAAGAGAAGUGCGGCCGAGCGCCAAGCGGUCAACACCACCAUCCAAGGCUCAGCAGCCGACAUUGCGAAAGCCGCCAUGUGUGCCAUCGACACCAAGAUAUCCUCUCAAACACACAAACCACGCCUAAUACUUCAAAUGCACGACGAACUCAUAUACGAAGUGCCUGAAACUGGUAAAGAUUCAUUUGUUAAGGUUUUGAAGGAAGUUAUGGAACAUAGUGUGAAGCUACGAGUACCGCUGCCUGUUAAAGUCAAGAGUGGAUAUACUUGGGGCACAUUAGAAGAAAUUAUACUAUGAACAUCAGCGUGACUGAUAAUAGUCAAUUCUCAUCAGCUUGGUUAUUACAGAUAGUUUAGCACUUUAUACCUGAACGAAGUAUCUGAAGACAGCAAAGCAUAAUUUGUUACGGUUUUGAAAGAGGUUAUGGAGUGUGACGCUAAAAGUGCCAUUGCCUGUUAAAGUGAAGAGUGGGUACAUUUGUGGAAGUCAAUUCCCACAGGCUUUACAGGACAGUUUAGCGCCGUAUCCUAAGGUAAAACAUUAACAGACCUUCAAAACUACAUCUAAUGAUACGAAAUCACGUCAAACUCAGACUCAAAAGAGAAAAAGAUUUCUCUCCAGGCGGUUGUGCGGGAAGUUAACUAAAAGCAACAAAAAAAUAUAAUCGAGGGCAGAAAGCCUCAAUCAAAGUGAAUAGAUAGAUGAUAUGUGCUGAAAAUGUGAUGUAUUUAUUUGUCGAAGUUUUGUCGCAUUAGCCUUCAGGUAAGUGACAUUUUCAUCUCAUAAGCGACAGAAUUUUGCGUAUUUAAUAGUGCCUAAUAGAGCGAAGUUUACCUAUUGAUUUUGUCUAUAAAUGUAUGCAUUGAUGAUAUAA